CUCACUUCCUGCUCGGUCUGUGUUAUGCAUUGACCACAGAUUCUGACGGUCAGUCAUCAACAUCAACAUCCACCGUGCCGAGUGUCACGCUGAUUGUCCGCACGAGUCGAACUUAUCCGAACAGAGCCAAACAUUCGGGCUGGCUGUCAGCAGAACCCGAACUGAGCCGAACAUCCUGUUGACUGUCAGCAGGAGCCGAACUUAGCCGAACAGAACCGAACCGAACCGGAAAAACCCGAGCCGAACAAAGAGCAGGCUGCAGAGAGAAAAGUAUUGCGUUUCCACUGUGACGUUUUGAAGGCUUGCUGCCCCGUUGCUCACCUGACCCCGGGGCUGUGUUUGAACCAGCAGCCUGAUGCCGCCGCUGGUGGGAGCCGAGCUGGUCCAGACCCCGGUGCAGCUCUACCGAUACCUGCUGAGGUGCUGCAGGCUGCUGCCGUCCACAGCCAUGCAGAAGCACUAUCAGCACGCCAUCAGACAGGGUUACAACAGCCAUUCAGACGAGGACGACCCGGAGAGGAUUCAGCUGAUGAUCCAGAGAGCCAUAGCAGACGCUGACUGGAUCCUCCACAAGUAUACCAAGAAGUGAGCUGCACGAUGGGAGUGUGCGACGGUGCUGGAACCGAUGGACGUCCUGUCUGUUAGCUUGCUAAAUGUCAUGUGGUUAGCGUGAGCUGACCAGUCUGGACAAUACAGAAGGCUGUGUUAUAACUGACAUUUUUCUGUUUGCAAAGAACACGAAGGGGGCAGAGGUAUGGUGAAGGAAGCAUCAUGGUUUGGGGCUGCUUUGCUUCAUUGGGGCUAAAAUGAAUUCAGUGCAGUAUCUCUUAAAAUGAAAAAUACUGAUCAGACAAUCUGAUCAGUGCUGGAUCGCCUCUAGAUUAAAUAAAUAAUUGAUCCACCAGUGUGCAUGAAGUCAUGUUUAUUGAAACAACAACAGCAACAAUGAUCUGUUUGUGCAAUCGAGGCUCUUCAAGU